CUUGUUCUUGUAUUCUGCAUUCUGCAUUUAUUAUUCUUCGAGUUCCAUCGCAGCCGCACAAAAUAUGGCCGCACGUUAAUAACAAUUUAAAUAAACUGGAAUAAAUUAAGAAAACCAAUAAAAAGAGAAAAAAACAAAUAGUGUGUACAAAAUAUGAUCAGAGUUCAACAAUUAAAUUUAAGUAUAGAUAGUUUUUAAUUAAAUCUAAGCAAACGAGCGUAGACGGCGACGAAAAAAAGAGUGGUGAAAAUUUCAUCGUAGAAACAAAAGAACCGCAAAUGCAAGGUAAAAAGGGGCAAAAUUCAGUUCACGCAAAGAAAGUGCAAAAUUCGAGAUCAAUAAAAGUGCAAAAUCAAUGGGAAAAAGUGCAGCGGAGUAAGUGAAAAUCGAGAAUCAGUGCAUAAAAGAAAAGGAGAAGUAGAAUUAUUGUGGCUACUUGAUUACAACGUCACGGAGAAAUUUGUCCGCCGACUUCAGAAGCAGCAAAAUAAACGAGCCAGCAGGAUUGCGAAACGUCGACGUCUUCUCUGCCCUGUAAGCACUACAGUAACGGCGGCAACCAUUCAUUGUAUCAGCUGUUAGUCGCUCGCGCAGGCGCAUUACGAAUUUAGGAGCGUUAUUCUAUUCUUAGCUGCACAUCGAUUGCUCGUAUCAAUAUGCAACAUCAUGCGCAUGUCGCACGUACAGCACCGCCGCAUAUGCGUGCUCACCACAUGGCUGUGCCACCGCCGCACUCCCAACCUCAGCCGCAUAUGCCACCCUUGAAUGUGACGCAUGCGCCACUGUCAACAGCCGGACAGCCACCACAGGCCACUCAGCAGCAACAACAGCCGCAGCCGCAGCAGAAACAGCAACCACGUCUUAGCAAUGGCCCAGCUAACGCCGGCAGUGCUGCAGUUAUUGCAGGCUCGGCAAUUGGUGCAACGUCACAUAUUCGCGAUCAUCAUGCGCGUUUGAGUCAACAACCACUUCAACAACAGCAAGUCCAACACCCCCAGUCGAUGCACGCUAGCACGCAGCUGCAAAAGCUACGUCAGCAGCAUCAACAUAUAAACAGCAACAACAAUAACAAUAGUACAAACAAAAAUCACUAUCAUCACCAUCAAACUCAACAAUACAACAGUGGAAGCAACACGCACGGCAAUGCACUGCCAGCGCAAUCAGCAAUACAACAGCAACAGCAACAACAAAAUCAAACAACGCAACCGCAACAUCGUACGUCACGUAAUACAUCAUCGGCAUAUCAACAUCAGCAUCAACAACAUCCAUUACACCAUCAACAGCAACAGCAGCAGCCUCCGCCGCCGCCGCCGCUGCAACAACAGCCACACCCACUUGCAGUGCCUCAAAUGCCACCACAGCAAGCGCUUGGACAUUUGAAGCAUCAGCAACCACUGCAACAGACGUCAACACAACAACAACAACAGCAGCAGCAACAACUACAAACAACUUUGAAUAUUGCCAAUAAUGUUAUCAGCGGCCAUCCACCGCCGCCGCCACCGGCUCAACAUUCACAACAACCGCCCACAGCAUUAAACUACUACACUGCCGGGACUGCUCAAAGCAACAACAAUAAUAUACAUAAGUCGAAGUAUAGCAAUAACGCUGGCGGUGGUAGUACUGGCACUGGUGGUGGUGGAAUGCCACCAAAAGCUAUUUUACAAAAUCCUAAUCGCGUGCUAAAAGCGCGUCUGCACAGCAGCGCUGCAGCGAAUAACAUUGAGGUGCCUACUGUAGGUCCUUUAGUCAGCAUAGAAGAGACUAAGAACGUAUCAAAGAGUAGUAGUAAUAACAAUAUUGGCAACAGCAAUGCAAUUGCCGUUACAGAGACGCCAGCAAAGGCUCAUGUUGCUAGCAACGUAGCCGCCGCUGUAAACGAUGGUGUAGUUGUUGCUGCAGCCGCUGCAGCUCAGGAGAGUUUGAAAAUUGUGCAAAGCACAGGCCAAACAGAUGCUUCCUUCAACGAUGCUAAUAAGGAAAAUGGGGUAAGCAGGACACAAAGCACAAAUAUUACUGUCAAUGAAGUGGUUAGCAACAAUCCAGCAAAUAACAACAAUAGUAAUAUAUUGUCUAACGAGGAGAGCGCGGGGUCAAAAAAUUCUAAAGAGAAGACACCAAUGUGUCUUGUGAACGAAUUGGCGCGAUUCAACAAGAUUACACAUCAAUAUCGCCUAACAAGUGAGAAAGGUCCGGCGCAUUGCAAACGGUUCACUGUCACUUUGAAAUUGGGCGAGGAGGAGUAUUCCGCUGAGGGUUUCAAAAUAAAGAAAGCCCAACAUUUAGCAGCUGCAGAGGCUAUUGAAAAGACCAAAUACAAGCACCCAGUGCCGAAAGUGGUUCGUCGCAAUGCCGAAGGUGAGGGUCAUUCAUCGCGUUCCAAUAUCACGCCCACAGUUGAGUUAAAUGCAUUGGCUAUGAAGUUGGGCGAACAGACCUAUUACCUCUUAAAUCCACGUCAAGUCACCUCACCCGAUAGAAUCGGACCGCCACCCGACGCUAUGAUGCCGCCGCGAUAUGGCAUACCACUGCCACCACCACAUGCUUUCCCGCCCGGCGUAGCUGGCGGCAAUAUGCUGUCGCAACAUCCACCGCCACCGCAUGCACGUAUGAUGGAUCCGGCUGCAUUUGUGCGUCGAAAUGGCCCCUAUGCCGCACCGCCCCCGCCACCGAUGCACGGCCAUGCUGCGGGCGGACCGGGCAUGCGGCCACGCUACCUUACGCCAGCUCAGCGCGCCUUCAUGCCCAAAUAUAAUCAACAGCAACGGUAUCCCUUGAUGGCGCCACCGCAUAUGGGUGGUGCUCCACAUAAUGGCAUGGUUCCACCACCGCCAAUGCCACAUCCCCAUCAUGGGCCGCUUCCCCACCGUUACGGCAUAUCUGCUGCAUUGACCAAAGUGACACUAGUCGUAGGCAAGCAGAAAUUUGUUGGUUUAGGCCGUACAUUACAACAAGCCAAGCACGAUGCCGCGGCGCGUGCAUUGCAGGUGCUGAAAACACAGGCUAGAACGCAGAUAAGUGAAGAACUCAACAACAGCAUCGAGGAAAGCGAUAGUAAAUCGCCUAUUUCGUUGGUGCACGAGAUCGGAAUACAACGAAGCUUGACGGUGCAUUUUAAGGUGCUGCGCGAGGAAGGGCCAGCACAUAUGAAAAAGUUUGUAACAGCUUGCGUCGUGGGCUCCAUUGUAACGGAGGGCGAGGGAAAUGGAAAGAAAACGUCGAAAAAACGUGCCGCCGAAAAAAUGCUCGAAGAGCUAAAAAAACUGCCACCAAUGUCGCCUACCAAGUCGCCUGUUAGACGUAUCAAAGUAAAAACACCCAACAAAGGGUCUGCAAGUGCUGACGCUGCUGGAGGUGUUAGUGGAAAAGCUGGUAGCGCCGCUGGGGAACGACGCAAGCGUGGGAGUGGUUCGAUUAAAGAGAAAAAUGAAGUAGAUGCCGAUGCGGAAAAUCCCAUUACGCGACUCAUACAAUUGCAACAAACUCGCAAGGAAAAAGAGCCCAUAUUUGAUUUGAUAGCGAAAAAUGGAAAUGAGAACUCACGUCGACGCGAAUUCAUUAUGGAGGUGACAGCACAUGGCAUGGUGGCACGUGGCACCGGCAACAGCAAGAAGCUAGCGAAGCGUAAUGCAGCACAAAAUUUGCUGACAGCUAUGGGCGAAAGUGGCAGCAUUAGCGCUGAGAACAACACAGUAUUAGCAUCCUCUAAUACCGAGCCUGCUGUUAAAGAGCAAUUUGCGUCUGCAACAACAGUAGUCGCUACUGUAACAGCAAGUCAAGAGCAGACAACAACAACAGUAUUGCAGCCAAUUGCUGAAGUAGCAAACGCUGCUGCUACAACAGCUGCACCUGUGCAGGCACAUUUGGAUUUGCCGCUCGUGUCCACAACAGCCGGGCAAGUACCCGGCAUUUUGAUUUUGCGUCAUAAUAAAAAACAUUUUACCAAAAAAAAGGAAUAUGUGCCCAGUGCAAACUGCCUCCCGGCCGAGGAUAGGGAAAUUGAGCGCGCUGAGUUAGUUGUGGGCACAGCAGUGCAAACUGUGCAACCCACUGCGGUUAAAAGCAAUGCAAGCGAUAUUGUGAAAGGCAUUGAUGUAGGAACCGCAGCGAGCGCUACACCAUCCAUGACUGCGACUUCUGCGGCACACACUGAGAGCAGUAAUAUUACAAAUACUGCCAGCAGUACAACCAACAGCGACACAACAUCAUCUAGCAAUAGCGCAUCAAAACAAACAGGUGUGCACAUGAAAGACCAGCUGCUUUAUCUGGCAAAUUUGUUGGGAUUCGAGGUGAACUUUUCCGAUUAUCCAAAAGGAAAUCAUAGUGAAUUCUUAACUAUCGUAACGCUCUCUUCAAAUCCACCACAAAUUUGUCAUGGCGUGGGUUCCAGCGCAGAAGAAUCUCAAAAUGAUGCCGCCAAAAAUGCAUUGAAAAUUCUUAGUGAAUUAGGUUUGAAUAAUGCUACAAAAUAAAUUUGGCAUACAAAAACUAGAAAUUUGAAUAAAACUGUAUAUAAAAUAAGAACUAUAUAAAUUCAAAUUGAAUUCGGCGCGAAAAAAGUCGUAUAUACCUAAGAUAUGGGGAGUCAUUACACAAACAGCAGGAAGUGAAUUGAAAGUUAGUUGCUGUAAAAUUAUAUUUCAAAACAAAUUAUUAUUUCAUGAAAAUCCCAAAUAUAGAAAAAAGAAUGAAAAUUAAUUGCGAACGAAUGUGCAACAAAAAAGUUAUAUCAAAUUUUACAAACAAUUUGAAAACAUGAACAAUGCUGCUAUAUUUAUACAAUUUUUUUUAAUAUACUAGUUGCGUUGAAAAAAAUAUUUACUUACUAUAUAAUUAUUUUGUUAUAUAUCUGCUUAGUUAAAUGUGUUAGGCUCAUUGUCUGAACCAAAUUUGCUUCCAUAAAGUUGAGCAAAAAGCUAAAACUUAUGUCGGUUAGCAAUAAGUGAGUUUUGUUAAAAAAUAUUAGAUAUAAAAAAAUAAUGAUUUGAUAUUUUGUAAAUUUAUUGUAACCCUAAUAACAAGUCUCUAAGAAUUACUUAUUUUUUGUUAUCACAAAACAGUUUUAGUGAAAAAUUAAGCAGUUUAUUUACGUUCGAUCAAAAAAAUGUUUAAUACGAAAGCAUUAUAAUUUAAUAGAAAAGCAAAGUUUUGUUCUGAACCGAACAGAAUACAAGGACAUAACAACAAGCGGCAUACAUUUUCCGAAAAUCUGUGAAUUUUGAUUAGUGAGUAGUAGAGAGUCGCUGUUCUGUAUUAUCCCUUCAGAAGAGAUAUUCCUUUAUUAGAGAUAAAAGUACACACUGUAGAAAAAUUAACUAUGAUGGGAGUUUCACUUAAUAUGCUCGAUCACCGAUAUAUAUCUAUCAAGGUUCGAUACCGCAAAAAUAUCAAUUUCUACAUUCGCUACUAUCUCUUCAGAGGAGACAUGCCCUUAAGGGAUACAUAUGUAUAUCGAUAUGGAUUUGAUAAAGUUGAAAACUCAAUUCUUAUGCUUCCUAGUGUCACUUCAGAAGAGAUGACAUUUCUAGUGAGAUUAAAAUUUAUUUUUGGUUAUCUACUAUCUAUCUCUUCAGAUUUUAUCGCCCUAGUAAGAAAAAAUAAUUUAAAAUUGACAGAAGCCUCCCUUAAGUACUUUUCAACUCUUCUCUUAAUGGAAUUCCUUUGAUACCGCAGAAAAACUCGAUUCUUACGCCACUAAUAGUGCCACUUUAACCGAGUUCAUGUUUCUAGAGAGAUUAGAAUUCAAUUUUAGGUUAUCUACCAUCUCUUCGCACGAUAGAUAUACUCUCUCAUCGGAUAUCGAUAUCACAUGGAUUCGAUACCGUAGAAAAUUCGGUCUCUAUUUUCUCUAGUGUCCCUUAUGAAAAGACUAACAUUAAUAUGCGAUUUUUUCUAUAACGUAGAGGAAUGAGUUUAUACACAUUAUUACUUUUAAAUUCAUUUACCGUUUGCCCAAUUUUCGAAUAUUCAAAAUUACCCCUGUACUGUUUGAAACGCGAAAGCAUGUAUUAUUUGUGUUCACUGGGUUAACAGAUUUAAACAAAUAUGUAUGUACAUAUUUUUGUUUCCUAUAUGAAAAUUAUAAAAAAUGUAUUGCAGCAAAGCAUUGAAUGAACGCUAAAAAACUAAGACCGUAUCUUGACUUAAAUGCACCUCCAGUCAGUGUUUUGAAAAGCGCGCUCUGUAUUUUGAUCGCCUUUAUUGCGGUGAAAGUAUGGAAGAAACGUGUCUGGAGUAAUAGUGAAAAUUCUGUUCGAUUUAUUACCGUUCAACCGAUUUCAUUCGCUCAUUUAUUGUCAUGUUGCAAUAGUAAAAACUAUUUCCAAAUUACAUAGAUUGAAUUUAAAUAUUACACAAAUGAUGUGCGCCUGCAAAUAUGCAGCUUAAAUUUAAUUGCUGAACCACUAAUGAAGUGUAAAAAAAUAUAUAUUGUGACUUGAAAUCAAAUCGUGGUUUCGCAGGCAAUUUUGUAAUUUGAAAACAUUUCUACUUUAUUUCGAAAGUUCCUGGGGUUAAGAAAAUAAAUGAUACAUACAAAAAUAUUAAGUAAUUUAGUGUAAGCAACGUCAUUUGAUUAUAAAAGAUUCGAAAAUAUGCAGUACACACACGUAUACAUACACACAUACAUACGUUAAGAAUCAUCAUAAAAGAAAUUGUAACAUGUGGUCGUAUUUUGAUUGUAUAUUAAAAAUAAAUAUAAAAAUUUGAAAUUAAUUGGGGUGUUGUUGUAUCCAAAUGCGCAACCGUUGAGCAGAUUGCACGUACAUGUGUAUAUAUAUAUAUGUGCAUACUUGUGCGAUGUAUUAUACGAGUAUGGACGUGGCAAUUGGUGAUAAUUUGAAAUUUUUAAUUUAUUUUUAGAUAAAUGCGAAAUUCAUUAAAUACAACUUGCAACAAAAGAAAACAAUAAUAAUAAUAAAAAUAAAAAAAUUAAAAUCAAUACAACAGCAAUUUGGCUAUGAAUGGCAUAACUGCACAUUUGCUGAUUGUGUUGAUUCUAAAAGCAUAUUACUACUAGAAACAAAAACAAAAAAAUAUAUAUAAAACUUAUGAUAAUUUGUUAGUGUUGCACAAAUGCAAACACACAUACAUACUUUUUUCUCGAUGAUGGAACUCGUCGUAAUAAUGAAAAAGUAUAAUCAUACUUAAUUAAAUACUUUUUAAGAAAUAAAUAAAGAGCUGCAUGAAUGUCGUAAAUUUAAUUUAUAAACUGCUUAUAGACGUAACAACACAUUCACAUCCAUAGAUACAUACUUGCAUGCAUGCAUAACUGUUAAUUUAACUAUUUGCAAAAAAAAAAAACAAUAGCGAUUGAUAACCAACAACCACGAUUGAAAGGAAAAUAAUACGCUAUAGGUUAUUUAUAAAUUAAAUGACACUGGCUGAUCAUUUAAAACUCGCUAAGUACUCGUACAACAGCGCUACUAUUUGCUUCAAUGUUGCCAAUUUCAAUGAGGCGAACUUGCGAUUUUUCGCUGCUUGAAACUGACGACUUGGAGGUGUGUACUUAGUUGUAUUUCUACUGCAUAAUACAUAUUAUUUAUUUCUUCAUCUGCGCACACGGACAAUUCAUAAUAAGUUGCGUUAACCUCUUCUUUUUCUUUUUAUUUUGUUAUUUGUAUUUUCGAUAAAUGGUGAAAUGGUGAUUUUACAUGUCAAUUGAAAAACCCAUGUCGCGAAAUUGUUGACUUAAUUAGUAUAUCUCACAACAGCAGUAGAUAAACUAUGGUAGUUUGCAAUGCGCAUUAUGUAUUGCUUUAGAAAAUUUAAUAUGUUGAAAAUUUUAAAAUUGAUGCUUAUCCGCCGAAAUUAUUAUGGGUUGUCCGAUGUUUCUCUUUACUUAGUAUUAAGUAUUUGUUGUCGAAAGUUUACUUUCUUUCAAUAUAUACGUACAUAAAUAUAUACAUUUAAUUGAAAUAAAUUUUUAAUUUUUUCCUUAAA